UACUUGUACACUACUCUUAGACUCCAGCCUCCUCCGCAUUUGGCGCUUCGUCUCCAAGUGCCCAAGUGGAAUCCGGACCCCCGGAAGCUGGGACAACUGGGGAAACUAGUACAGUAAGAACCCCUGCUUUUGCAACUAAUGCCGGCAGCCCAGAUUUUUUGCAAAAGAGGGGGGUUUGCAAAAGGGAGGACAGGAGCACAGACCAGGUUGCAGGAAUUACCACCAGAGGGAAUGCAGGCAGUCGAAAUCUUUUGCAAAAGGGGGGAUUUUGCAAAAGGAGGGGGUUGCAAAAGCAGGGAUCUUCACUGUAUGUGGGUUUGGGACUUGGGAAUUGGAGUUGCGAACUGGGGGGAGGGGGGCACAACGCUCGAGCCACCUACCUACCUACGGCGUCGCAUCGUCAACAUGUCGGUUUGGCCUCGGAUGAUACAAUCAAGACACAUCAACCUCGUUGACUUUUUUCCUGUGUAUUUUUUGAACCACAUCGGAUGGAACAAUCACAGCCGAUCAGGUUGCGCAAAACACAUUCGUCGACGGGCACAAGGGGAGGUGGAAGGGGUUCCUGUCGUGAUGGACAACCCAACUGAAGAUAAACAGCUGCGAGCCAUCCAUGUGACAGCUAACAAAGGACACGGAAGGAAACAAGGGUCCCUGUGUGUGUCCAUGCACAACCUAACGGGUACGUAUCCCAACCAAACAACCGAACCUCCACCACAUACAAGUACCGCACGCACCCCGCCGUUUCGUAACAUGUCAAUUACUGUCAUGGCAACCUUGGAUUGUUAGACCUGGAGUUCAGUUCUGAGCGCCAUCUGCAAUCUGUAUAAAUCCAGGUUCCAAUACCACCCUUCAAUUGACAUUUCAAUCGCUUCAGCUUCACCUCAUUCGUGGUCCAUCCUCUAAAUCCAAUCUUUGGGACCGACCGGUUACAACGAUUGCUACCUCACAGGUAGGUAUGCAGUGUGUGUACCUCGCAUUCUAUACAGUAGCUACAUACACUAUUGCUGCACGCAACCUUGGUGUUUGGGGCUCAUAAUCAGUCUGAUUCAUACCAACAGAUGGCCCUUCAAUCAGAUCCUCAUCAAGCUCUCUCUCUUACUGCUUCGUAUCACAAACAACAUCAACAUCAACUCACAGCAUAAGAUUGGUCACAUAUUUCCGGCGCUAUACCUAAUAAAGUUAAACCAAUAUUGAGUGACAUCGUACCGGACCGGUAUGACUCUUACCA